GCGGCCUUGUGGACCAGCGCGGAGGGAGCAUGGCUGUACAAGCGAUGGGAUCCUCCAACAAAGUCCCUGGUGACGAUGGAGAAUCCUCCCCUUACAACCAAUGCCUUGCUUCAAAUACUGGAGGAACUGCUGCAAGAUGUCAGGACGACGGACGGACUUCGCAGGUUUCAUGCGUCGCGGCCUCUGACCCAGGAACUGGCAAAUCAGGCCAUGGACCAGGAGGUUUGCUUCAGUAUUCAAGUUGCUCUGCGCGGAGAGGCGGGGCAGAGGAUGUAUCAGAAUUUCAACAAGCUAUGCGACAAGAUGGUGUUGAAACUUCUGAAAAGCAGACUGCGCCCGGAAAGAAGCCAGCGCAACGGCCUGGCAAAAAUGGUGGAAGAGCUCCUAUAUGGGUAG